AUGGAAAAGUGGAAAUGUUUGCGUUUUCAGUCCUCAGCAGUUCGUGGACUACCACAUGUAGCUGACUUCUUGCCAGCUGCGUUCAUCAGUCGCAAACUACUACCAGCCAUCAUGUGCCUGCCACCGUAUCUUCACGACAAUGUACCGCGUCAACUAGAUCUCUUGGCAGGAUUGGCAUCAUUGUCAGAUCGCUGCGAUACAGCAUCGUUACAACAGCUAUUAUCUUGCGUAUCAUUGUGUUCAGCUCAUCAUCCAGUGAUUAUUCAUGCGAAGUCAAGGCUGGUCCAGCGAAUUGUCACACGCGACCCAAUAAGGAUGAAAGAUGCCUCCCAAGUGUGCGUACAUCUACUGAAUCCACUCGUUAUAGGAUUGAGCUGUAAGGAGUUGAGCUCCGCCCACUUUGAUGACGUCAUGAGCAGUGUGCGCAUUCUAUUGGAUCUUGUCGAGCAAUUACGGUAUGAAUCCGACGAUCGAAUGCAGCAGCAGCAGCUGGGUCUUGGGCGCCUUGGCAAUCGUCGAGUGUCAAUGAGUAGCACAAAUCUGCCUCGAGUGAUGAUCAGCGCGGCUCGUCCAUCGUUCUCCAACGAUUCUAGGUAUGUUCAAUAA